GGUGUUUUUUUUUGGUGUUGUUCCCCGAAAGGACGUAACUCCGGGGGACGGCGUCGGGUCCUCGCAGGAGGAGACACAAGCCGACAUCAUCAUCAUCAUCAUCAUCAUCAGCCCGAGACGAGGUCAUCGCAGAGUCCCACGGUUCCCAUGAUCCCAAUUGAAAGCUUUCAAAACAACCUACGUCAGUCAUCUCUUCAUCCAGCACUAAUGGCUUUCUGAGGUUGUGAGCAGGGGAAAGACUGAGGGUAGACCACCUGUAAGAGUCCAUCCAAGAAAGCAACUGGGAUCACAUGGGUGCCAUGGGCCGACGGGUCAACUGAUACCUGCUCAUACUGGCUUUGUUUGGAAGUUGACAAUGGUGUUGUUUCUGAUUGGGAUCUCUAUUGCUGUGACUAAUUCAUCUCAUGGGAACCAAACUUCAGGGAACCCCACCCAUCAGGGGGCUCAUGUGCUGCCCUCAACACUGGUCAUAUCCCUGCUUCUUAUCAUCAUCGUCUUGCUGACAAUCUACUGUCUGAGGUUCAAGAACCACAGGAAAGCUCUGGUUACCUCGGUGGAUAAAAAGAUUCCCAAUGGCUUCUUGGAGGAACAAGGAGAGCAGACAGUGGUCCUCCUUCCCCGAUCUCCCUCGCCGUCCAAGAGGUACUUCCCCAUCCCUCUGGACUCGCUGGAGGAGGAGUACCGGAUACGCUCCGCCGAUGACGGCAAGCUCUUCAGAGAGGAGUUCAAUUCGCUGCCGUGUUACUACCACCACGGGUCCUUUGAGGAGGCCAGCAGAGAGCACAACCGAGAGAAGAACAGAUACCCAAACAUUUUACCAUAUGAUCAUUCAAGAGUGUUGUUAAAUCACCUUGAUGGACAUCCGUGUUCAGACUACAUAAAUGCAUCUUACAUCGAUGGUUUUAAGGAGAAGAAUAAAUUCAUCGCAGCUCAAGGCCCAAAGCUUGAAACAGUGGCUGACUACUGGCGGAUGAUUUGGGAACAGAAAACAGCGACUAUAGUGAUGCUGACAAAUCUGAAGGAAAGGAAAGAGGACAAAUGUUACCAGUAUUGGCCAGAAAAAGGCUGCUGGAUGUACGGAAACGUGCGGGUGGCGAUGGAGGACUUCACCGUACUAGUGGACUACACCAUCAGAAAAUUUUGUGUUCAAUAUCAGGGCAGCGAUGGCCUCCGGGCUCCGCGGCUGGUCACCCAGCUCCACUUCACCAGCUGGCCGGACUUCGGGGUGCCGUUCUCACCCAUCGGCAUGCUGAAAUUCCUCAAGAAGGUCAAAACUGUCAAUCCGUCCUACGCUGGACCCAUCGUUGUGCACUGCAGUGCCGGCGUGGGGAGGACGGGGACGUUUAUUGUCAUAGACAGCAUGAUCGACAUGAUGCACAUGGAACAGAGGGUGGAUGUCUUUGGCUCUGUGAGCAGAAUGCGGGAGCAGCGCUGUCAGCUCAUCCAGACAGAUAUGCAGUACUCCUUCAUCUACCAGGCUCUGUUGGAGUACUAUCUGUAUGGAGACACGGAGCUGGAUGUGUGCUCUCUGGAGGGACAUCUGCAGAGGCUUCACAACACCAGAGCUCCCCACGACAGGCUGGGCCUGGAAGAGGAGUUCAGGAAGCUGACCAACGUCCGCAUAAUGAAGGAGAACAUGAGAACUGGGAACCUCCCUGCCAACAUGAAGAAGAACCGCGUGCUUCAGAUCAUCCCGUAUGAUUUCAACCGAGUAAUGCUCUCAGUGAGACGAGGACACGAGUUCACCGACUACGUCAAUGCCUCCUUUAUUGAUGGCUACAGGCAGAAGGACUAUUUUAUCGCAACCCAGGGCCCACUGUCUCACACAGUGGAGGACUUCUGGAGGAUGGUGUGGGAGUGGAGGUGUCAUUCAAUCGUUAUGCUCACCGAACUCAAAGAGAGGGAGCAGGAAAAGUGCUUCCAGUAUUGGCCAUCAGAGGGCAGUGUAACAUUUGGAGAUUAUUCUGUGGCGCUGACUGGAGAUACUCAGUGUGAAACCUUCACUCUCAAAGACAUGGUGCUCACCUAUGGACCAGAAAAGCAGUCACAACAUGUCCGACACUUCCACUUCCACGGAUGGCCUGAGAUUGGAAUACCAGCCGAGGGAAGAGGGAUGAUUGACAUUAUUGCCGCCGUGCAGAGGCAGCAGCAGCAGUCUGGAAACCGUCCCAUAAUUGUGCACUGCAGCGCUGGCGCGGGUCGGACCGGUACCUUUGUUGCCCUCAGUAACAUUCUAGAGAGGGUGAAAGCUGAAGGCCUCCUGGACGUUUUUCAGACUGUCAAGAGUUUACGCAUGCAGAGGCCACACAUGGUUCAGACUGUGGAGCAAUACGACUUCUGCUACAGAGUGGUUCAGGAUUUUGUUGACAUUUUCUCAGACUAUGCCAAUUUUAAAUAACACCCGUCGGAUGCUGUUCUGUAUUCCUCCGUCAAAUGUGUUCCUUUUUUUCUGAAUGUCGUUUUCUAAAGCAAGCUCUUUUUACAUUUUGCACUUGAUUACAGAUCAAAACAAACUUGUUGUAACAUUGUGUAAUAUAAUUGAAAACAUGUGUGCUGCAGGAGAGUAUUUCUCUUUUAGGAUCGCAUAAUCUUCAAGUAUCCCAUAUGUCAUAUAUAGAAACUAUAGUGGUUUAUUAAUGAGUGUGUUGGGUUCUUUAUAGGUCAACAACUUUCAUAUGUUGCAACAUUAUGAGGUAGAAUAAAGGAAUUAUUCAGAUAUAAGUAAUAAAUAACGUGUCUAGAAAUAUAUAAUAUGUAUUGCUCACUACCUGAAAUACAUCACUAACGUGUCGUAGACUUCAUGCGUUCUUUAUUUCUGCUUUAUUUUCUUACUGACCACAAUGACUACUUGUGUAUUUUGUGUUGGACUCUAAAUAUGUUUAAAGCAAUAUAAGGAGAACGUAUUGUGGCUAGAAGAAGUGCUGCUCUUGCUGAAACGACAUGUCCCGUCUGACAUGUGACGUCUAAAUAGUAUUUGUGAUCUACUUUCAACUCAAACGAAAAAUCCAAACUCAAGAUACAUUUUAAUCUGUUAUGUGCUGGAAGAAUAUCUCACUUCAGCCAGUGAAUAACUGAACAGCUGCUGCGUGUUGCAAUUUUAUUCAACUUCAUCAACUUUCUUGUGUUGCCUGUGGCAAUAUUACUUAGUGGUUUGACUACUGACGCUGCAAAAUGCAAUUAGCCCACAUUGGAAAAGGCAGAAAAGUCUGUCUUACUACAGCUGAACGUGUCAUUGUUUUAGGUGUUUUACAGCGAUGCAUCAUCUCCAUCCAUUUUUAUUCACAUUAGCAAACAGACUUACAUGUGCAUGUUUGCAUAAAGCAGUGCCAUAUUGAUUAGAAAGACACUUCUAAUCAUUAAAAGAACUUGUCACCAAGUGACACAAUACAGACAAGCCAGAUGUUUGUGUUUAAUUUAAUAUCAUAGAGACAUUUUUAAAAGUCCAUUGUUUUUGAAUGGUGGUAUCCUCAAUGGCUCAUCAAUUAAUUGCUCUUUUCAGAAUAGUAUAAGGUAUUACGAUAACAAAUGUAGGUUAAUAUUAGUUUUUACAAAUAAAUGUGAUAAAUUAAGAAUAGAAACCCUGCAUAAAUUUGAGUUUGAAUAAAACACUUGAUUAGAGAGUUGAACGUUGUAUAAAACGCACUGAUAUUAAGAACCAGUGCUCAGCCAAAAUGUGAUAGAUGCAUGCACAGGCCUUUUGGCGUUUUGAUAGUGAUAUUUAAACACGGAAACCCCAACACAAAAUCAAAUGCCUCUAUUUUCGCCAGGCUUCUGCUCACUUCUUUGUUGAUCAGUGAACUCGGAAGUGUUGAUUUGGGGGAAAAACUUUCUACUGAGUUUGUACUUCCAUUAAAUAGUAAAAUGGGUUUAUACUUGACACAUUGUACACUGUACAUAUAUUCUUGUUGUGGUCAUGUAUCAUCUCCAAUGUGUCGGUUUAAUGUAUUGCCAUGCUGAGAGAAGAAGAAUUAAGGGCAAUGACAGUGAGGCCUUCCAGCUGAUGUAACGUAAAUGCACAAACAUCUUGUUUCAAUGAUGUUUCUGCCUUUUUGAAUCUGGAUGGAUGGAUUUUGACUAUUUGUUUUGCUAAGAGCUGAUUCAAAUAAAUUAUAGAUGGAGAAAAAUGA